AUGUCUUGCAAUUUUAUUGAGUCCGUUUUAAAGGCAAUAGAGACCUCUGGGCGUAAUCCUCAGUUAAAGUCACGGCUGAAUAAUGAAAAAGAUUUGAUUAAGAGUGGUAAACUUUCGAAUAGCUUCGCUGGCUGUUUUACAGAGAUACUGUUUGAUGGAAAAGAAUCUAGUAAAGCAGUAGAAAUUAGAUAUGAUGAUUGUUAUAGGAAUAUUAAAGACGUGGACUGCAAAAUCGAUGUUCUUGAAAUCACGAAUAUCUGGGUUACCGACGGCUUUGGAUACGAUCCCUCACGUGAAAACAUUUUUGAAAGUUUUUCUCGUUCAUUAUCUGAAAAACAACGAACCUGUGUCGCGUUGAUUGAUUCAACAACCGUUUUAAAUUUAGAGGAUCUGGUGAUUCACACGAUUAGAUAUUUUAGAUACAAAGAUGGAUCUUCUUUCAGUGGUUAUAAUUGUUUCUUUGAAGAAAAUAAUAAGACAACUUAUAGUAGUGAUGAUGACGAGGAAACGAUCAAGGAUGAUGAGGAAUUAAUAGAAGAUUUUAUCGAUAAAGGACAAUCUAAUUAUGACGAUGAAAGCGAUGACGAUAUGAAUUUAGAAGAGGAAAGUAGUGAAAUUGAUGAAUUAACGUCUCUUUCAGUUAAAGAUGUAGUUGAUAUUGAAUCAUUGACAAAAUGGUAUGAGGAUAAUGCCAAAAUACACGGUCUUAGGUCUUUGCCAAAGUUGAUUAUUAUAAUUUAUAAUUUCGAUUUGUUAGAUCCUGUAAUAGCAGAAAAAUAUAUUCAGAUUCUCAAUGAACUCAAAAGCCAGAUUCCCAUUGUAUUAUUGUUAGGAAUUUCCUCAGGAUAUAGAGGCAUUGAUGCUAUCCACGAGGGAUAUUCAUAUUCGGUGGAACGCUUGCUCAGAUUCAAAGAAUUUCAUUUAUCGGAUAACGUUCAAAAUUUCGAUGAGCUUAUAACAAGGUUUUUCAUCAGUAAUCAUUUUGGCGUCAAAGUUGGUAUAAAACCGUACAAUUUCCUUAAUGAUAUGUAUGGGCGACUAAAAGUUUCUCUUAGGUAUUUUGAGUCCUCUAUUAAGCAUGUUAUAAAUUACUAUUUCUAUUCAAAUCCAUUAAGUAUACUCACAACGAUUGACCCGGAAAAGGUUUCAUCGAGAGUUGAUAUAUUGAAUAAAUAUCAUAUGGAAAUGAUACGUAUGCAACCUUCAUUUAGAAGUCAGCCAAAGGUUGCGCGUUCUUUACUUGAGGAUGAUAAUUCUGUCAAAUCCAUAUUACCAAUUAUUCUGCGUGAUAUGAAAAAUUAUCAUCAAAAUUUCGCUGUAGCAUUUGAAAUUUUUCAUAAUUUGCAGCAAUGCGUUUGUGAUAAUCCAAGAUUGAUCAAGGCAAAGUAUGAAUUAUAUUCUUAUUCAUUAACGCGUCCUGGAUUAGGGGAACAUGAGCAUGUUCGGUAUUUGCUGUAUGAAUUUAAAAAAUUGAAGUCUCCAGAUCUUAAACAAUUCCUCGAAAAAUUUCGAAAUAUUCUUGAGCAAAACCUUGAAAAUGCAGAAUGUGCGAAUUUAGAAAUUCCAAAAAUACGUGAAUUUUUUGAAAAAUUAGAGCAAAUUGAAGACUUAUUACAACCUUCAUUAAAAAUACCACCAAAGAAGAAAAAACGAGAGAAAAGAACCCCUGCCCUCAUGCCAAGAAAGUUAGACAGCAUACCAUCAUCAACAACUACUUCACAAGAAAUCACCGAUAAUUUCACGAAAUUGAUUUCUGAAAUUUUCGAAUAUUUACUAGUUUUUUUCAAGGAAAACCUAUGUCAUUACUCUACAAAGACUCUUUAUGAAAUUUUUUAUUGGGAAGAAUCUUAUUCUCUUGAAGGUUUAUUUCUUCCAAGAAUUCGUCAAUCAAUAGCUACAGCGCUCGGAAGACCAAAACAAUAUCUCAAUUGUAAAUGUUGUCCCGAUGAGUCUGAUGAUGAUGAUGAAGAAAUAGACCCCGCAGGAAAAAUUUCAUAUACUCAGGAUGAUAGAUGUAUAUUAUAUAAAUUACUUGUAGGAUUUGGUAAGUUUAUUCAUAUAAAUGAUUGGUUAGAAAGUUUUGAAAGUAUUAUAAAGAAAGAGAAUAGAAAUAUCACAGAUGACGAAACAAAGGCGAGAUUUUGCAGAGCUUUUGAAUCACUUAAAAUUGUUGGAGCAAUCGCUGACGCUAAAGGAAAGAGAGUUAACAAAUCAUUUGAAUUAAAUGUUUAG